UUGAGGCCCCAUCUAAGUGACCACGCAUGAACCAAUCCCCGCAUCCGAACGAGUUAAACAGCUGCCCGCCGUUCCGGGGCAGAGCAAUGACGCUAUGAGCUUGCAGCUCUCAAAUCUCUGGGAUUGGAUGCGGAAUUCGGAGUAAUAGACGCCACGUUUCCUUCUUUUGUCGCUCGUGAUUGUGUAGAUUUUUAAGACGUGUUUCUGUCUGUCGUCUUUCUUCCUUUCCUUCUCCACCCGUGUUUGUUUACUUUCCCAAUCUAUCUGCCUACACACACAAACUCGCCAUGGCGUCAUCAUUCAGCAUCGCAGACCUGGUCGACUAUGUCGAUCUGGACAAGAAGAGCCUGUUGAUCUCGGCAGGAUCCAUCAUCUUCAAUCCGCUGUUCUGGAACAUUGUUGCUCGUCAAGAGUACCACAACAAGAUCCUCACAAGGCUGUUUGGAGGCAACCGCUACACCGCCUGCUAUGCCCUCGCAAUCACCAUCUUCUCGCUCGGCCUCGUCCGCGAUUCGCUGUACAAGGCAGCUCUGGAGGACCAGCCAUCGCACCCGCUGCUGACGACGCUGUACUCGCAAGUUGCCGGCUACGCCCUGUUUGCCGUUGGCAUGGUCCUGGUCGUCUCAUCGACAUGGCGCCUGGGCAUCACGGGCACCUUCCUGGGCGACUACUGCGGCAUCCUCAUGGAUGAGAUGGUGACGGGCUUCCCCUUCAACGUGACCUCGGCGCCGAUGUACUGGGGCUCGACAAUGAACUUUCUGGGCACUGCGCUUGCAUACGGCAAGCCUGCUGGCAUUGCCUUGACUCUUCUUGUGCUGGUCGUGUAUAUUGUUGCUCUGCGAUUCGAGGAUCCGUUCACUGCUGGUAUUUACGCUAAGCGUGAGCGCGAGCGGGCCGCGGCCAAGUCGGGCAAGAAGCAGAAAUAAAUGAAAUGAUUCUUCGGAAUCUAUAUUUGACUGCCGAUAUGUUCAAUUGUACAAGUAGUAGUAUUGGUCUGUUGAUGAUUACGCCGUAUUAGAGUGGGACCAGGACAGGAUAGAGGAGAGGGGAUAUAUGGGCGGCGGCGGAGGUAUCUGAUCU